AUGUUGAGAACAACUGUACGUGCUGUGAAUGUAGGCAGAUUCACCCCUGCUUUGAACUUUUCUCGUUCUUUUACUCAAAAUUUAUCACUUUUGGACAAGAUCAAGGUGAAAACUCCAAUUGUUGAAUUAGAUGGAGAUGAAAUGACCAGAAUUAUUUGGCAAAGAAUUAAGGACAAAUUAAUUAAUCCUUAUUUGGAUGUUGAUUUGAAAUAUUAUGACUUGGGUAUUCAAGCUAGAGAUGCCACUGACGAUCAAAUCACCGUUGAUGCCGCCGAAGCCAUUAAGAAGUACGGUGUAGGUGUCAAGUGUGCAACCAUUACCCCAGAUGAGCAAAGAGUUGAAGAAUUUGGAUUGAAGAAAAUGUGGGUUUCUCCAAAUGGUACUAUUAGAAAUAUUUUAAACGGUACAGUUUUCAGAGAAUCUAUCAUCAUUCCAAGAAUCCCAAGAUUGAUUCCUGGUUGGGAAAAGCCAAUUGUCAUUGGUAGACACGCUCAUGGUGAUCAAUACAAGGCUACUGACUUAGUUAUCAGCGAGCCAGGUAAAUUAGAAAUGACAUUUACUCCUGCCGACUCAUCCUCCAAGCCCGAAACUAAGGUUAUUUACAAUUACAAGGGCCCAGGUGUCGGGUUAGCUAUGUACAACACUGAUGAAUCCAUUAUUGGAUUUGCCCACUCUUCUUUCAAGAUGGCUUUGACCAAGAACUUGCCAUUGUACUUAUCCACAAAGAACACCAUCUUAAAGAAGUACGAUGGUAGAUUCAAGGACAUUUUCCAAGAAAUUUACGAAUCUACUUACAAGGCCGAAUUUGAAUCCAAGGGUUUAUGGUAUGAACACAGACUCAUUGACGAUAUGGUCGCCCAAAUGAUCAAAUCCAAGGGAGGUUACGUUAUGGCCUUAAAGAACUACGAUGGUGAUGUUCAAUCAGAUAUUGUUGCCCAAGGUUUCGGAUCCUUAGGGUUAAUGACCUCUGUCUUGAUGACCCCAGAUGGAAAGGCCUUCGAAAGUGAAGCUGCGCAUGGUACCGUCACCAGACAUUACAGACAACAUCAACAAGGUAAAGAAACCUCAACCAACUCAAUUGCCCUGAUUUUCGCUUGGUCAAGAGGUAUUGCUCAAAGAGGUAGAUUAGAUGGUACCCCAGCCGUCGUCGAGUUUGCUGAAGCUUUAGAAAAGGCUACUAUUGACACAGUUCAAGAAGAUGGUAUCAUGACUAAGGAUUUAGCCUUAGCAUGUGGUAAGACCGAUAGAAGUAGCUAUGUCACCACCAUUGAGUUCUUGGAUGCAGUAGCUGACAAAUUGAAGACUAAAGUACAAGUUUAA